AUGCUACCUUUAUUAGAAAAUCACACUGGGGUCACUCACAUCAUCCUAGCCGCGUUCCAUAUCAAUGGCCGUCCCGGGGACAUCACUCUCAACGAUGAUCCACCGGAAAGCCCGAUAUACAAUGCGUUGUGGGAUGAGGUGCCAGCCAUCAAACGAGGCGGAGUUAAGGUUAUGGGAAUGCUGGGUGGUGCUGCUAUGGGCAGUUUUCAGCGCCUUGACGGUCUGCAGCCCGAGUUUGAUGCGUACUACACGCCACUACUUGCUAUCAUCCGUCGGUACGGCCUUGAUGGGCUUGACCUCGAUGUCGAGGAGGCGAUGUCUCUGCAAGGCAUUAUUAGACUAAUUGAUCGGCUCAAGGCGGACCUGGGUGAUGACUUUAUCAUCACUCUGGCCCCAGUUGCAGCUGCCCUGGCAGGGAUGGGCAAUCUCUCUGGCUUCAAUUACCGCGAGCUCGAGAGCAGCCGGGGAUCCAAGAUCAGCUGGUACAACACGCAGUUCUACAAUGGCUGGGGCCACGCCCAUGAUCCCCGCAUGUAUGCAGCCAUCAUUGCCACUGGCUGGUCGGCGAAUAAGGUGGUCUUGGGUCUGUUGACGAAUCCUGGCAACGGCAGCCAGGGAUACAUUUCUUCGAAAACAAUCGGCCCUCUGCUUGCGUUGUUGGCCUUACAGUUUCCGGAUUUUGGCGGUGUUAUGGGAUGGGAGUUUUUCAACGCACUGCCCGGAGAUCGCGAAAAGCCCUGGCAGUGGGCUGCGGAGAUGUCGUUGAGUAUGGGGAUGGAGCAUCCGCCGGCCUCUCAGCGCGCGCCGAUUAGCGAUUGCGUUCUUCUCAGCCUCCUUCCUUGCUGUUUGUUGACUUCACUCUUCAAUGUCACGCUUCUGUCGGACACGCAUCUCUUAUUAGCAACGGUCAGUGACCACCGCCGUGCCAAAAUGAGUGCCUUGCUUGCGAGAGUGACGACCGUCAGCUCUCUUAUCAUCCGAUUCGCAAGCUUCGUCUUCCUCCGAUGGAUCCCGGGCCAUGUAUUUCCUCCAAUGGUGAUCACAGCCUUUGGAAUCUAUCUCUCGACGACCUUUCUGUCACUCGGGCCAGCCGGGGGAAAUGCAACGGCGGGUGAGCAAGACAAAAGUACGGAUUCUAAAUCCGAUAAAAAGAAAACCGCAGGAAAACGCACCAUAUCCCCAUUGUGGACGCUCUUAUCUGGCAGGCCUUCCAGAGCCAAUGUCUUUACCACUGCUCUUAGCAUCCUGAUUAACCUGCUCUUGACUGCGCUUACAUUGGACUUCCUCUUCCGCGCCAGGCUGCUUCAUCCAACAGAGGACCUUUCUUUCUCCCGUAUCGGCUAUGUUUCACCCACAACGGCCAGUUUACUGGUGCGAGAACCUGAUGUCGCAAACUUCCCCGUAUCUAUCAAAUACCAGGAAGCAUCCGGAUCCGAUGCUGGAGUAUGGACUGAAGAGGGGAAGAUUUACCAACUCAAUGCCAAGGCAGAUUAUACAUUUCCGGUUACUCUGAAAGACCUCAAGCCGUCGACCCAGUACCGCUAUGCUCUGUCCAACAACCAGACCGGCAAAUUCACUACGGCUCCGCAGUCCGGAACGCAGUUGGCUAAUAGAUUGUCAUUUUUCACGUCCAGCUGUAUCAAGCCCAAUUUCCCAUACAACCCUUUUUCGCAUCCGCUGCGGAUCCCCGGCAUUGAAUUGGUGUCGCAGGCCAUCAAAAGUCUACCCCCGCUAUCUCGACCAUCUUUUAUGCUGUUUUUGGGCGACUUUAUAUACAUUGAUGUUCCGCUCCGGUAUGGUUCUUCCGUGGAAGAAUAUCGCAGCGAAUACCGCCGCGUAUACUCAUCACCCAGCUGGCACGAACCAGAGGACGAGCGCCCAAUCGACCUGCCAUGGAUUCAUACUUUAGACGACCAUGAGAUCGCAAAUGAUUGGGAUCAAGGAAAUACGACCCAUCCCUAUCCAGAGGCAGCUGAUCCAUACGCCCUGUAUCAUGUCAGUGUCAACCCUCCGAUUCCGCCCGUUCCAUACGCUAUUCCGGACAACACUACUUAUUUCUCCUUCAUCCACGGACCGGCAUCCGUUUUCAUGCUCGAUACUCGUACAUACAGAACAACUCCUAGUUUCCCAAAUUCGACCAUACUCGGACACGCUCAGCUGAAUUCUCUACUUACCUAUCUCGCUCGACCCGAGCCGGCCGAAGUCAAGUGGAAGAUAGUAGCAUCCAGCGUCCCUUUCACUAAGAACUGGCACAUCGGGACUCAGGAUACCUGGGGAGGAUUUCUCCACGAACGCCAAGCCGUUUUCGAAGCCAUGUGGCGCGCAGAACGAGAACUAGGUGUGCGCAUCGUUCUUUUGAGUGGUGACCGUCACGAAUUCGGUGCCACGCGAUUCCCUGAUCCCCAAUACCAGCUUACUUCAAAAGACCUUGUGCCCGAUACCGACGGUCAUGGUCUUCAUGAGUUUAGUGUUGGGCCAUUAAACAUGUUCUACCUCCCUAUUCGCACAUACCGCCAAACCGACGGCGAGGAUAUAAAGGUGAAAUAUGCCCCCGAUGGAAACGUGAAAUUCGGACAGAUCGAUAUCGAUGUCUACGAUGGCACGGAAGGGUCGGAUGUUAUCGGAGGCGAUAGCAGCAGUCAAGGACCGCACUCUGUUCUCACAUAUACCCUCCAUGUCGACGGAAAAAUCGUCUGGAAAUAUCAGUUAGCUGUUCCGUUGCAUCAUACGAACGGUGUCCGCCUGCCACCUGGACGGACUCUGUUGGACGAGCUCCGCUUGACUGGGUGGGGAGUCCAGGAGGCCAUUGGAUCGCUGGAAGAAAAAGUAAAGAGUGUGUGGGAUGAUUUGAGAAAUAAGCUCGCGCGUUGA